AGGGCGUUCUCUGCUAGCGCUCUCCUCUCUACACACACGAAGACGCACGGGAGUUCCUACUCGGACGCAGAGAUUACCGUAAUGAAAUAACGCUGGUAGAAUGAAGUGGGAUUCUCGGUGGUGAUGCAGGAACAUGAGCGUCUCUACACAAGUCUAUAUUCCGUUGCAGACUUGUUGUUCUAUUUAGUUUUAGAGAGACAAAGAAAAAACAUGUCGCCAACUUCUGUAGCCGGAACAUUGCUUGUUGUGGAAUAGAAGACAAGGCGCACUUAAUAAACUUUAAAAGGAUCGGAGUAUGUCGUUCGCUUCUUCGAAAUCUUACAAACAAGUCAUGAAAUGAGUCCUUGCGUUGCCGAAAAUUCAGUUUAAUAACCAUUCUACUCAUUAUUCCAACAUCCUCUGAUGUUUGCUGGAUAUCAUUGAGACACAGUAUGGACACAGAAGGUUGGAUUGACAUCAAGUAUUAAUGUUGAGGAACAUUAACACUCCAUAGAAACAGCUCAUCACGCUUCCCAAAGUCUGCAGGAAUGGGGCCUUCCGUAGUGAUACUCCUCGUUGCGGUUUUCGGUUGGACUGAGGGUUCGUCCCACCACUCCUCAGAGGGCCACUCCAGUCGCCUGCUGUUCCUGGAGAAGACGUUUGGUCGUCCUGCUAAACACUCCCAGUGUCAACACAUGUUGAAGCAUCUUCACCACGGGGCCCGGAUCACCGUCCAGAUGCCCCCCAACAUCGAGGGCCACUGGGUCUCCACCAGCUGUGAGGUGCGUCCUGGCCCAGAGUUCCUGACGCGGUCGUACCGGUUCUUCCCCAACAACACGUUCAAGGCCAACCAGUUCUACUACAGGGACAACCACUGCACCAGCCCCACCUACACCCUGGUGGCCCGGGGACGGCUGAGGCUCAGACAGGCCUCCUGGAUAAUCAGAGGAGGAACAGAGGCUGACUACCAGCUCCACCGCACACAGGUAGUGUGUCACAGUGCAGACGUGGCCAAAGACCUGAACCAGCGGUUGAACCGGAGCUGUCGGGGCGCCAUGAGGAGCAAAGCACCAUGGGAACCCAAUGUAAACUAUGAGCUGUGGAGUGACGAGGGCGGCUGUGACUGCUCCAGGGAGCUCAACUUCUCCAUGCACGAGCUCCAGCUGCAGCGUGUGGAGAAACAGUACCUCCAUCAUAACGUGGAUCACCUGGUUGAGGAGCUGUUCCUGGGAGACAUCCACACGGAGAAAUCACAGAGGAUUUAUUAUAGGCCGUCCAGCUAUCAGGCUGCGUUACAACAUGCUAAGAACCAUGACCACGGCUGCACUGCCUGUCGUAUCAUCUCCCGGUCGGAUGAGUUCCACCCUCCCAUCCUGGCGCCGCGGGCGGACAUGACAGUGGGGCUCUAUGGCCAGUGGGUGAGCCAGCGCUGUGAGGUCCGCCCUGAGGUCCUCUUCCUGACCCGUCACUUCAUCUUCCAUGACAACAACCAGACCUGGGAGGGCCACUACUACCACUACUCUGACCCCAUCUGCAAACACCCCUCCUUCAGUAUCUACGCUAGAGGGAGGUACAGCCGAGGGACGCACUCUACUAGAGUUAUGGGAGGCACGGAGUUCGUCUUCAAAGUGAACCACAUGCGUGUGAUGCCCAUGGACCUGGCCACCACUUCUCUUCUCAACGUGUUCAACGGUAACGAGUGUGGCGCCCAGGGCUCCUGGGAGGUCGGAGUUGAACAGGACGUCACCCUGACCAAUGGCUGCGUGGCGUUGGGGAUCCGCCUCCCGCACACAGAGUACGAGCUGUUCCGGAUGGAACAGGACACCCAUGGACGAUACCUCCUCUACAACGGACAGAGACCCUCCGACGGGUCCAGCCCCAACCGGCCGGAUAAACGAGCGACCUCGUACCAGAUGCCCCUGGUCAAGUGUUCCGCUAGCAGUCAGAGGUCAGAGGGCAUGGGAGAGGAGGAUGAGGACCGACACCUGAGGCUGAGUAAUGGUGGAACCGGUGGAACACCGCGGAACCAGAAAAGCAGGAACGGUGCUGUGGUUCUCGCAUCGUUGGUUUCACUUCUGUUGUUCCGUUGCCGUAGUUAAGGAACUGACUGACUAAAGUCUGUAUUUUUUUUACAUAGAGACACUGACGAGAGACAUUAUAGGGUGAAUGUGUACUGGGGGGACGUGAGAGAGGAUUCUAUUCUGCCCCUGAGAUGACGACCUACUGUAGCUUCUACCCUGUGGGAAAGGAGACUGCUUCGGUGACUUAACGCACUUGAACUUUUGAAAGCUCUCUUUGGCUCCUUGAACGUUGUGGAAGCUAUGGAAGCUGGGGGUUGACAAGGUGGAGAGCGAGUGGAGAGAAAAGAGAGGAAGGAGAGAGGAGGGCGAGUGGAGAGAAGAGGGCGAGUGGAGAGAGGAAGGGCGAGUGGAGAGGAUGAGGGCGAGUGGCGAGAGGAAGGAGAGUGGAGAGAGGAGUGCGAGUUGAGAGAGGGAGGGCGAGUGGAGAGAGGAAGGAGAGAAGAGGGCGAGUGGAUAGAGGAGGGAGAGUGGAGAGUGGAGUGGAGAGAGGAGGGCGAGUGGAGAGAGGAGGAGGAGUGGAGAGAGGAGUGGAGAGAGGAGGGCGAGUGGAGAGAGGAGGGCAAGUGGAGAGAGGAGGGCGAGUGGAGAGAGGAGGGCGAUUGGAGAGAGGAGGGAGAGAGGAGGGCGAGUGGAGAGAGGAGUGCGAGUGGAGAGAGGAGGGCGAGUGGAGAGAGGAGGGCGAGUGGAGAGAGGAGGGAGAGAGGAGGGCGAGUGGAGAGAGGAGGGCGAGUGGAGAGAGGGAGGCGAGUGGAGAGAGGAGGGAGAGAGGAGGGGGAGUGGAGAGAGGAGGGCGAGUGGAGAGAGGAGGGCGAGUGGAGAGAGGAGGGCGAUUGGAGAGAGGAGGGCGAGUGGAGAGAGGAAAGAGAGAGGAGGGCGAGUGGAGAGAGGAGGGCGAGUGGAGAGAGGAGGGCGAGUGGAGAGAGGAGAGCGAGUGGAGAGAGGAAAGAGAGAGGAGGGCGAGUGGAGACUAGUUCCAUUGAUGCCUGGGUAACUUUGAACUCCAUUAUUACCACUGCUGCACCACCGUAACUGUGAUUCAGUGGAACAUUAUAAACUGGGUAGUUCGAGCGCUGAAUGCUGAUUGGCUGAAAGCUGUGGUAUAUCAGACAAUAUACUGUACUAACAGGUAUGACGCAUAACUACUUGUUUACUGUUAUAAUUACGUUGGUAACCAGUUUAUAAUAGCAUUAAGGCAGCUCAGGGGUUUGUGGUAUAUGGCCAAUAUAUAUAUAUAUAUAUAUACAGUAUAUACACACACACACACCACACCUUUCGGGCCUUAUUGCUUAACUGUACAAGUAUAUGACUGUGUUCAUUUCAGACGCGCCUUAUAUCUGUCCACACGGACAGAAGAUGUCUUAUACAGCAAUAUUACAAAUAUCACAUUCUUAUUGGUACUACAAGUAGAUUAAAUAAGAUACAUUUCUAUGUAAAAAAAUCAUUAUUAUAGUAUAAUAUACUAUAUUUCAUUGUUAGAAAAUAAUGAAGAUGAACGUGAGCUCCCAUGUAUGUGUUCAGAGUUUAAAGGGAAAUACAUUCAGUACAAUAGGACUACCGAUAAUGACAUCACCUACAUUACCAGUACAAUAGGACUACCGAUAAUGACAUCACCUACAUUAUCAGUACAAUAGGACUACCGAUAAUGACAUCACCUACAUUACCAGUACAAUAGGACUACCGAUAAUGACAUCACCUACAUUAUCAGUACAAUAGGACUACCGAUAAUGACAUCACCUACAUUACCAGUACAAUAGGACUACCGAUAAUGACAUCACCUACAUUACCAGUACAAUAGGACUACCGAUAAUGACAUCACCUACAUUACCAGUACAAAAGGACUACCGAUAAUGACAUCACCUACAUUAUCAGUACAAUAGGACUACCGAUAAUGACAUCGCCUACAUUAUCAGUACAAUAGGACUACCGAUAAUGACAUCGCCUACAUUACCAGUACAAUAGGACUACUGAUAAUGACAUCACCUACAUUACCAGUACAAUAGGACUACCGAUAAUGACAUCACCUACAUUAUCAGUACAAUAGGACUACCGAUAAUGACAUCACCUACAUUAUCAGUACAAUAGGACUACCGAUAAUGACAUCACCUACAUUACCAGUACAAUAGAACUACCAAUAAUGACAUCACCUACAUUAUCAGUACAAUAGGACUACUGAUAAUGACAUCACCUACAUUACCAGUACAAUAGGACUACUGAUAAUGACAUCGCCUACAUUACCAGUACAAUAGGACUACCGAUAAUGACAUCACCUACAUUACCAGUACAAUAGGACUACCGAUAAUGACAUCACUUACAUUAUCAGUACAAUAGGUCUACCGAUAAUGACAUCACCUACAUCAUCAGUACAAUAGGACUACCGAUAAUGACAUCACCUACAUUACCAGUACAAUAAGACUACCGAUAAUGACAUCACCUACAUUACCAGUACAAUAGGACUACCGAUAAUGACAUCACCUACAUCAUCAGUACAAUAGGACUACCGAUAAUGACAUCACCUACAUUACCAGUACAAUAUGACUACCGAUAAUGACAUCACCUACAUUACCAGUACAAUAGGACUACCGAUAAUGACAUCACCUACAUUACCAGUACAAUAGGACUACCGAUAAUGACAUCACCUACAUUAUCAGUACAAUAGGACUACCGAUAAUGACAUCACCUACAUUACCAGUACAAUAUGACUAUUGAUAAUGACAUCACCUACAUUACCAGUACAAUAGGACUACUGAUAAUGACAUCGCCUACAUUACCAGUACAAUAGGACUACUGAUAAUGACAUCACCUACAUGAUCAGUACAAUAUGCCUACUGAUAAUGACAUCACCUACAUUAUCAGUACAAUAUGCCUACUGAUAAUGACAUCACCUACAUUAUCAGUACAAUAGGACUACCGAUAAUGACAUCACCUGCAUUAUCAGUACAGUAGGACUACCGAUAAUGACAUCACCUACAUUACCAGUACAAAAGGACUACCGAUAAUGACAUCACCUGCAUUAUCAGUACAAUAGGACUACCGAUAAUGACGUCACCUACAUUAUCAGUACAAUAGGACUACCGAUAACGACAUCACCUACAUUAUCACAGAGACUUCCUCGACUAAUAUAACAUGACCAAUAUGCUACUGUUUCGACUCCUCAACCUGAUACCAAAAAAAAAAAACGUUUCAUAUUAAAUGUCACUUGUUUCUCUAAUCUACCCCAUAAACAAACACCAAACACUUCAUGGUUUACAGGUCAGGAGUUAUGCCACGUUUAGAAAUCAUGGUCUUUUUUCUUUUUAUAUGUAAAGUGCGGUACUCUGUUUUAGCCUGAGAACCACCUAGUUUUACGUGUCCUUAAACGACCUCUUCAUAACAGGGUAUACAGUAUGUAUAACAAUUAAAGAUUUGAUACUGUACACUGGUAAUAA